CUGGGCUGCCUCUGCCGCCGCCGCCGCUUUGUAAAAGGCACAUUGGCAGGUAACGAGCGGCGGCGGCGGCGGUAGAAGCAGCAGCAGCGGCAGCGGCAGCGGCGCGGCGGCGGGUCCUGAGUCCAGCGUGAGCGGCAGCGAUUUUGUUUUUUGUACAUACGUUAUUUUGUAUAUGCUGUAUAUGAUGACUACAGUGAGUGGAGACCGUUGCCGAGGUGCUCGGGAAAAAACACAGAUUUCUGCAACACAAGCAAUACAACCACAGAAACAAGUGGUACAGGCAACAGCUGAACAGAUGCGUCUCGCUCAAGUGAUCUUUGAUAAGAAUGAUUCAGAUUUUGAAACUAAAGUUAAACAGCUUAUGGAAGUGACCGGGAAAAAUCAAGAUGAAUGCAUAGUGGCCUUACAUGACUGUAAUGGAGAUGUGAAUAAAGCUAUCAAUAUAUUGCUGGAAGGAAAUUCAGAUACAACUUCAUGGGAGACCGUAGGAGGAAAGAAGAGACAUUUUGGAAAGGAAAGUACAGAAAACAAAGAGAAUAGAGAGAAGAGAAGUGAGAGAGAAGCAAGUCGUGCACGUGGAAGCAACAACCGGAAAGGAAGAGGUGGCAAUCGUGGUAGAGAGUUUAGAGGUGAAGAAAAUGGAAUUGAUAGCAAUCAAGGGGACAAACCUUCAGAUCGUGGCAAGCGAGCCCGAGGUAGAGGAUUUGGACAUGGCAGAGGGAGAGGGGCAGGAAGGUUCUCAACCCAAGGCAUGGGUACAUUUAACCCUGCGGAUUAUUCAGAUUCUACAACUACAAAUGGGUGUGGGACAAAACUGGUAGUUUCAGAAGCUGUGCAGAAUGGUGCUGCUGAGGGAACUGCUGGGGCCUGGAAGAAUUCUGUCGAAGAGUGGACAACAGAAGACUGGACUGAAGAUCUUUCUGAAACAAAGGUCUUCACUGCCUCAUCUGUUCCUGCAGAAAAUCACAUGACACCGGGGCAAAGCAUUGAUGUGGUAGCCUUGCUCCAGAAGUCUGUUCCUCCUGGUCAAGCCUCAGGCGUCAACUCCUUCGAAACUUCCCAACAGCAGGGCUUUGGCCAAGCCCUUGUCUUCACAAAUUCGCACCACAAUAAUCAGAUAGCACCAGGGACCCGAAGCUCCGCUGUUAUCAACUCCUAUCCUCCUCAGAGCCUGUCAUCUGUACUUGGAUCAGGAUUCGGAGAGCUCACGCCAUCAAAAAUGGCAAACAUCACCAGUUCCCAGAUUUUGGACCAGUUGAAAGCCCCAAGUUUGAGCCAAUUUACUACUACCCCAAGUUCACAGCAGAAUAGUACGAGUCCCCCUAUAACUACUACUACUACUUGGGACCUCAAGCCCUCAGCAUCCCAGUCCUCAGUUCUCACUCAUUUUGACUUCAAAUCUCAGCCUGAGCCGUCCCCAGUUCUUAGCCAGUUGAGCCAGCGACAGCAGCACCAGACCCAGCCAGUCACUGUACCUCCUCCUGGUUUGGAGUCCUUUUCUUCCCAGGCAAAACUCCAAGAAUCAGCGCCUGGAGACAGAACAUCCACUGUGAACAAACUUAUGCAGCUUCCCAGCAUGGCCAUGGAAAAUAUCACUGUGUCUGCCCACCCACCACAGCCUAAGCACAUCAAACUUUCUAAGCGGCGGAUACCUCCAGCAUCUAAGAUCCCAGUUUCUGCAGUGGAAAUGCCUGGUUCAGCAGAUGUCACAGGAUUAGAUGUUCAGUUUGGAGCUCUGGAAUUUGGAUCAGAACCCUCUCUCUCUGAAUUUGGAUCCACUCCAACCAGUGAACAUAGUAAUCAGAUUCCCAUCAGCUUGUAUUCUAAGGCUUUAAGUGAGCCUUUGAAUACCUCUUUACCAGUGACUAGCGCAGUGCAGAGCUCCACCUAUACAACUUCAGUCAUUACCUCCUCCAGUCUGACCAGCUCAUCCCUCAGCUCCACUAGUCCAGUAACGACAUCUUCCUCCUAUGACCCAAGUUCUGUACAUAACAGGAUCGCAUACCAAAGCCCUCCGAGUCCAUCAGAGUCAGCUCCAGGAACCAUCAUGAAUGGACAUGGUGGUGGUCGAAGUCAACAGACACUGGACACUACUUCAUCCGUUCCAGCUCCAAAGACAACAGACCCUCCCUCCACCCUCCCAUCCGUGGGCUCCCUGCCCAGCACCACCUCUUGCACUGCGCUUCUACCCUCUGCAUCCCAGCACACUGGGGCCCUGUCCAGCAGCCCCCUCUCCCAGCUUAGCAGUUCCCUCUGCAGUCAUCAGAGCAGCCUCUCCUCUGCGCACGGAGCACUCUCCUCGAGCACAUCACACACACAUGCCAGUGUGGAGAGCACCCCUUCACUACAGUCCUCAGCCAACUUCUCAAUGACAGCAGCCUCCUCCUCGAGUUCCACAUCUUCCGGUGCAAGCCUGCCUCCGAACAUGAACACAGUGAACAGCCUUUGCCUGGGUGGGGCCACUGCGAGUGCGCCCAGUAGCAGUACCAGGGCUGCACCCUUGGUGACUUCAGGCAAAACACCCCCAAACUUGCCGCAGGGAGUACCUCCCCUGCUGCACAACCAGUACCUCGUGGGCCCUGGAGGACUGCUGCCUGCCUACCCGAUCUAUGGCUAUGAUGAGCUCCAGAUGCUGCAGUCACGGCUGCCAGUGGAUUACUAUGGGAUUCCCUUCGCUGCACCCACGGCCCUUGCCAGCCGAGAUGGAAGCCUAGCUAAUAAUCCAUAUUCAGGUGAUGUUACAAAAUUUGGCCGUGGUGACUCUGCAUCACCUGCACCAACUACUACACUUGCUCAGCCACAGCAGAGCCAAUCCCAGACCCACCACACAGCCCAGCAGCCCUUUCUGAAUCCUGCGCUGCCACCUGGCUACAGCUACGCUGGCCUUCCCUACUACACAGGCAUGCCUGGUGGCUUCCAAUAUGGGCCUCCUGUAUUUGUCCCUCCAGCCUCAGCCAAGCAGCAUGGUGUGAACCUCAGCACCCCUACCACUCCUUUCCAGCAGGCCGGGGGUUAUGGCCAGCACAGCUACGGCACAGGUUAUGAUGACCUGACCCAGGGGACAGCAGCGGGAGACUACACCAAAGGCAGCUAUGGUGGAUCAUCACAGACACCAACCAAGUCUGCAGGUUCUGGGCCCAGCAAAGGAGUAUCAGUAUCUUCAAGCACCACUGGCUUACCCGAUAUGACUGGUUCUGUCUACAACAAGAAUCAGAAUUUUGAUAAGCAGGGAUUUCAUGCAGGGACUCCUCCACCGUUCAGCCUACCCUCAGCCUUGGGCUCCGCUGGGCCGUUGGCCCCUGGAGCAGCCCCUGGCUAUGCACCCCCACCGUUCCUGCAUAUAUUGCCAGCCCACCAGCAGCACCACUCACAGCUGCUGCACCAUCACCUUCCACAGGAUGCCCAGAGCGGCUCAGGUCAGCGAAGCCAGCCUAGCUCCCUGCAGCCCAAGUCUCAGGCUUCCAAACCCACCUACGGCAACUCUCCAUACUGGACAAACUAAGACAGUGGGGCAGGACUUACCCUUGGCAGGAGAGAACAUGGAGCACAUUUCUGAGAGCCCAGUGCCCUUUCCCACUGUUCCCUGAGACAUGUACCAUCAGCCAAGCCUCUGUGGGGAGCCUGCCUCCCAGACUGGCCAUUGUAUGUAAUGUAUUUAUGUAUGUAUUUGUAAAUGUGACAAGCGUGGGGGAGUGGGGGUGCAGCUGCAUUUUGGCCAGGUCUGUUCUCCCCAUUCAAUCCCCCUUUCCUCUUUGUAGCAAAAUAACCCCUCCCCCCAAUCCUUUUCUGCCUUGAGACCUUCUACAUAGGUCCCUGCCUGCCCAGUGGGCUGCUAGGGACAGUUUCUGGAAGGGCUGAUUCAAGACAGUUUGGGUAUUGGGGCCAGGUACCAAUGAAGAAUCACGACUUAUCUCCUUCCUUUAUAAACCAUUAUUUUUCUGUCCUGUGUAAUUACUUUAUACUUUACUUUAUACCUCUGUUUUAAAGAAACUGGCCCUUUUGUCAUUUUUUAUGGUCCUCUUUGAUAUCCCUCCACCGCAAAUAAAUCUGGGUACCUGUUUGUCUUCAUACAGAGCAGGGGCUUCUGCUUUUGUCCCCAGAGACUUUCUUUCCUCUGGCUGACCUUGAAAAAUUUGAACUGGGGCUCAGAGAUGAUCAGCCAGUUAGCUCCCUCCCUUUAAAACAAAUCUCCAAGCAAAGGCUUCUGUAUUCCAGUUGUCCUGCACCAGGUGGGCAACAGUUUCAGGGUUUUCUCUUGCCCAAACUCCACCUAAUAAAGUUGUGAGAGCAUG